AACGUGUCACCAGUUUUGGUGGAUUACCUUAGAUAUCUACACAAUCCGGAGGGUGAAACACCAUUCCCUUCGCUCAACACCCCGUCUCAACGGUGUCCAGCUGUCAACUUUUGACACAAUUUGUGAAACUUUUGACAACUCAGAAAAGACGAUUUGAAGAUUUUUAUUGGUCUUUUUUUUGUUUUUUACGCACGUCUUUGCAAGAUCAAUGCAUUUAUUUACUUCAGAGUCGAGGAUGAAGCAGUCUUUUUUAUUCCCAGUGUUUCUAUGUUUGGCCCCCUUGCUGUGGAGGGGUCUCCGGGUCAGUGGCGCCCCGGGCUGCGCGUCCUGUGGCUUGCCGGCGAUGGAGAAAGGCGCAGAGGAAAGGCUGAUGAUAGAAAUCGCCAAGCAGCAACUUUUGGAAAAGCUGCACCUGAAAGAGAGACCCAACAUCACUCAGACGAUCCCCCGGGCAUCGCUCCUCAAUGCGCUGCGCAAACUGCACUCGGGUCACGUCAGACAAGAUGGUACUCUGGAACUAGAAAACAGCAUACCCACCAAAGAUCAAAGCUAUGAAAUAGUGAGCUUUGCAGAUUUAAAUGCGACGGAGAGUGGUGAUGCAGGCAGCCUCAGUCUUACCUUCCAGUUUCUGCAGGAAAGUGGCCAGAGCAUCCAGGUGCUCCAGUCUUCUCUGUGGCUCUACGUCCGCUCCUCUGAGGACCCUUAUCGAGACUCCCGCCUCGCUGCCCGGGUUUUUCUGUCUGCCAAAGGUGGGGUGUCCAGCACUAACCGUACCCUGGUGAUGGAAAAGAUGCUGGAGGUCCAGGAGAGUAACUGGCACACCUUCCCCAUCACCCGCACCCUGCAGGCCUUCCUUGAUGGGGGCCAGCACCGACUGCAUCUGGAAGUCAGCUGCGAUGAGGAUGGGAAGAACCUUUGCUCCCUUCAUGGCUCUGCUGACACCGCAAACCAACCCUUCCUGGUGGCCCAAGUGCGUCUCCGUGAUGACCUCUCCAAACACACGCUCAGGAAGCGCUCGUUGCGUUGCGGCGACAAUGUAAGCGUGUGCUGCAAGAGAGACUUCUACAUCAAGUUCAAGGAUAUCCAGUGGCACGACUGGAUCAUUGCACCUGAAGGCUACCAUAUGAACUACUGCAUGGGUCAGUGCCCCCAGCACCUGGCUGGCUCCCCCGGCAUAGCAUCCUCAUUCCAUGCCACAGUCUUCAGCCAGCUGAAAGUGAACGGUAUUAACACGGCUGCAUCGUCGUGUUGUAUUCCCACAGAGCGCCGGCCACUCUCCAUGGUGUACUUCACCCCCCAGCACAGCAUUGUCAAAACGGACGUCCCUGAUAUGAUAGUGGAGUCCUGCGGAUGUACAUAAAGGAAAGAGUAUGAUAGACGUCGUUAAUAUAGAUUUGCUUUAACAGAGGAAACAUAAACAAAGGAUAUAGAAUGUAAGUCUCUUGUGUGUCUAGUUUGGGACAACCCACUCUAUAUAUGUUGAAAAAGAAGUAACAACUUUGUUAUGUCCCAAAUUAGACACACAAGUGUGUUGAAAUAGAGGCAUCAUUAAGCAGUUUACAUAUCUGCUCACAUCUUAAGUGGUGACGAGUAGAUCAGACCAGGGCUGACUGAAGUCCAGUUUAUAUCAAAUAAACUGCUUAUGGAGGUCUCAAGAAAGACACACAAAUAGAUUAAUAUGGAGCCCUCUGUAGUGUUUUAAAUAUGCAUCUUUUUUUUCAUUUUUUCUUUUCAUAUGUAGGUUAUUUAUUUUGUAUUUCAUAAUUGCUGCUAAGAGAUUUGGAGCCGAACUGACCGCGCUUCUAGCUCUUUCAAAACAUUAGCUACAGUAUUUUUUCAUGUAAUAGGCACAGUGUCCACACACAAUAUGACAAAAUAAUGCCAUUUUGAAGCAAGGCUUUAAGAAAAAAAAAUGACAGAGAUCCUUUAUUUAAAUUGUGCCUUCUUCAUUAACUCGGGAUGACAAAGUGCUACUUGGACAUUGAGUAUCAAGUCGUCUUGGUCUAAAUACCAAAGAGAAUCCAUUGAGUUUUACUCUUUAUGCAGUUUUUGUAUGUGGGCCUGUGACACAAUUUUAAUGUGAACUUUUAUUUGUAUCUAUAUCUAAUGUAUUUUACUAUAUUUUAUCCUUAAAUUACACCCAACAGACACUUUUGUUUUAUUGUGAAGUUUCGGAGAAGCAGUUUUUAUAAUUUAACUGAAACGGUUUGAAAGGUACAAUCCGCCCUGAGUUCUGUCUUUUCACAGCCGAUGCUGCAUGCAGGUCGAAAUAUGUUUGAUCAGCAUCUUCACUGUAUUAUUUACACAAGUCCGCUAAUCAGUUGGGUAACUAUGUCUCUGACAGCAUAUGAACCCAAGGUUGUUCCUCAGCAGCAUGAGCAAACAUUUAGCUAUUGCUUCAGUGUCAGGUUAUGUUAAGGUCUGCGAUGCAGGUGGGUCAGUGAGCAUGUGAUGGUGUGUUGGCAUUUAUAUCUCUCAAAGUCUAAAGUUUUCAGAGAUGAUGUAAAAUGAAAAGCUUUCCAACUAAAGGCAAACUGGUAAAAAACAAAUGUCAGGGCUUUUAAAAAACAUCUUCCACAAUUUAUAUUCCUUGCUGUAAUUUAUUAGUGAGUAUGUACAAUGCUAUGUCCAUAUCUGAAAAAAAUGAUCAAUUAGAUAUUAAAAUAUGCCAGAAUCCAUAUUAAAAUAACUGAAGUGUGAUGGGCACUAUUGCUCCACGGUGCAACAUGUAACAGAAAUGGAGGAUUAACUCACAGAUAGAGAAAAGAAAUGUUGCAUCAGCUGGCAGAACAAACAUGCCUUGUGUCAUGUCAGGUUAGGAAGAAUUAUAUUGUGAAGUCACUCUUGUAUACCAACUAAAAAAGUGUUACACUGCUAGUACCAAAUAUGUCUAUAGAACAAAUUGAGACCUAGGCCUUGUCUUCUUCUUGCCUAUGUUUACACCAAACGGUGUAAAAGCCAAAGAUGUUUUCUGCUUUCUGGUUGAUGUGUCAUGGGUUUGUCCCACUGUGUUGGUAAACUGUAAUGUACUGCUAUGAUAGACAGGAGAGAUUACCAGGCAAUAAAUCGGGGAAGUUUUUUCAUUACAUAUUUAUCCAAAUAGCCCACAAAUAUGCUUCAGCUCUCUCUGUUGCCUCUAGAAGCUGCACUUGUCUUAUUUCUUCAAACCUAUGUAAAACAAGCUUAUUGUGUAUUAUUUUAUCUUGCAAGCACCCCCUGUCCCAGGACUCAAUGUGACAUUGAGGCGCCCCCAUAACAUAACUUAUUAAGCACUUUAUCACCCUACUGUAUUUUUAGAGCAAAUUUUGCUCAGAGGAUUACGUAUAACCCAGGUGGGCACUACCUAGAACAUGUAGGUACUGUAGGCCUGCAAAAAGCAAACGUCAAUCAUGUUAUUUUCAUGUGCUCUAGUUUGUUUUAUAUGCAUUGUAUUGCUCGUGUGUUUGCAGAACACACAGAUUUCUCUAUACUGUAACUGGUGGAAAUGGAGGCAGGAUUUGAAUUUUGUGUCAAUUUAAAGUUGUAAUUAUUUUCUUUAUUUUUAUAUCAUGCUUUAUUUUAUGCAUAAUGAAUGAUUUGUGAUAGCAAUGUAAUGCAAAAUGUCACAAUGUGCUGAAAUACUAUGAUUACAGUUAUUACAGUAUAUUUUGAAUAAAUAAAUAAUUU